AGAGCCGUUAACUCUCUCAGUUGGUAGAGUCAUCUGAUCUCUUUGAAAAAGAUCUGUGCAUGAAGUUUUCAAAACCGAGCUUACUAUCAAGCAAAGUGCCUACAAUCUUCUUUUUUUUAUUUGGUGAAAACGUUGUUUUCCUGUUACGAUUGCAGCGCCUCCAAAACUCGAGAGGGUCGAGCCUUCGUCGGUGCUCGGUACCAGAUCCAAAAAAAAGUUAAAGGAUCGACUCUGACGUAUAUUGAAACAGCUCUACAAAAAGUUUAUGCUACUCUUCCCCUUUCAAUUGACAUUGCUUUCUUGUUUGUUCUGGUAAAAAAGGGCUACCUCAUCAUGUGCUGACUAACCGAUAUGCUGAUCCGCUUUUUUCUGGGGUUACUGUGCACAAGCCCUUAUGUGUGUUUUGUGUUACCUCACACACAUACCGCAGUUGAGAGAACUGGUUUUAUGUGUCAAAUGAAGGGGAAAAAUAACAUGAUGCCUUUUUGCGUCCUUCGAAUCAUUUUUCUUGCCUACAUCUUCAUGACGCCCAGGUUUAUGUGAAUGCAGUCGUAAAAAAAAUUUAUUUUUUUGACAAAGGAUUAGGUCCUAGUGGUUUUUUCAAAAGCAGCCUUGUCACUUAUCAAUUACAGUUUUCAUUAUGCUACAAAAGACCAGCGAUCGCAUCAAAUCAUGCGACAAACAUCUCUCGAAGUUUAUCAGAGACUCCUACGGCCAGUUUUACCUAUAUUCUGGAUUUGCGGCUAGUGUAAUUGGUGCACUGUCUCUUUUACGAUAUAAAUACUUCAGAAAGCGUGUAUGCAGCUAUACAGUUCUUGAGCUCGACUUGACCGGUUGCACACUCUCCGAGCAACAGCCAGAUAUCAACCCACUCUUUUCCUUAUUUGUGGAUGAAAAGAUAUUGCACGUGCACACGCUGAUUUACGCACUCAAGGUGGCAUCAACUGAUCACAGAGUGUUAGGUUUGGUGGUCAAGCUUGGCCAGAUCACUGCGAAUCUAACUCAGUUGCAGGAACUGAGGAGCGCGGUGGUAAAUUUUCGUGCUACUGGCAAGAAAACCUUAUGCUAUGCACACACCUUCAAGGAAUUUGCUGAUGCUUCAGCUUAUUAUUGGUUCGCCAGUGCAUUUGAAGAAAUCUACGUUUCCCCGUCUGGUUAUGUUAACGUGGUCGGGAUUAAGGCCAAUUCUUUUUUCUUGAAGGGCCUGUUCGAAAAGGUGAAUCUAGAGUUUACGCUCGUUGCGCGAAGGAAAUACAAGACUGCUCCCAAUAUGCUGACGGAAUCGCAGUUCACUGAAGAACACAAAGAAACUGUCGAGUACAUUUUAAACUCUGUAUAUGAUCAGUUCAUUACUGACAUAGCAGCGAGCCGUAACAUGGAAGUCGAUAAUGUGAAGAGUCUGAUUUACAACGGGCCGUACAAUGCGGCGACCGCUUUAGAUUUGAAGCUCAUAGAUGGCCUCAAGUAUGAGAAUCAAUUCUACAACGAAGUAUUGAAUUCGAAAUUUGGUUCUAUUGAAAUGACCGUCUUCACCAGGCUGUGCAGACGUCUGACGAACCGAGGGCCCUAUGAACUUCUCUACAUCGAUAGGUAUUUUGAGCGUGCUAUCGGCAAAUACUAUCGAGGAGCAAAAACCAAGAUCGGCUAUAUUGACUUAGUCGGUACUAUUUAUAUGGGAGAGAACAAAAAGACAUGGAAUGGUUUAGACAUCUCCGCGGGCUCUGAAACCCUUCUUUUGGCCUUCCGUGAGGCUAUCGCUUGUAGUUCCAUCAAGGCCAUCAUUUUUCGUAUUGACAGUGGUGGUGGAAGUGCUCAGGCAUCUGAUAUCAUCUCAGACGCACUCCGCCUCGCUAAACAGAGCGGAAAAAAAGUAAUUGUGUCAAUGGGCCAGGCCGCAGCCUCUGGUGGGUACUAUGUUGCCGCUCAUGCGGAUAAAAUUGUUGCCAACCCGCUGACAUUCACUGGAAGUAUCGGUGUGUUUGCCGGCAAACUUAGCAUGCUCAAAUUCUGGAACCAGUUCGGUAUUACGUUUGACAGCGUUCAAACGUCUCCUAGCGGCGAGUAUUUUGAUCCUUUGUCCGGAUAUAGCGAAGAAAACCGUGCAAAAUUGGAGUCCUUCGUCGACGAUGUCUAUGAUCAGUUCAAAGGUCAUGUUUGUCAGGGUCGAUCUUUGACUCCAGAUCGCGUCGAGGAACUCGCUCAAGGGCGCAUUUGGACGGGAAAAACCGCCCUAGAAAAAGGGCUGGUAGAUGCGCUCGGCGGUCUAGAAACUGCUAUUGACGUUGCUAAAAAAGAGCUUGGACUAUCCACCCAAACCGCCAUCUCACUCGUUCCUUUUCCUGCACCUACUUCCAUGCUCGAAAAAAUUUUCCCAAAACCUCAAAAAAAUUCCAGAGACAUACGCAAAAGAAGCGCCUUCUCUUCCUUCUACACUCUGUUCCCGUCUUACCUUCAAGCACUUUUUUCAGUAUUCAGCUGGACCUCAAAGUCUGCUACUCACAUGUUUAGAACCAUCAAAUCCCUCGAAAAACUAGCGCCACUUGUUCAUCUCAAUCACGACAGCUCUGAAUUAUACCUCCCCCCUUGUACCAUCGAUUUGCAGACAGACUCUAUCGUCUCUAAUCUCACAGCCUAAACAACAACUCGUACACAAAAUGCGCGUACAAUA